AUGUCGUCGUAUCACACGCACACACACAUGAAUUCAAGGUCAAUUUCCGUCUAUGUACAGACAGGCACAUUCCGACGAGUCUAUCGUCACAAUAUGAUGAGCGGAAACAUUGGCUGGCGGUAUGAAAUAAUGACGAUGAGGCGAUGUAGACAUGGAAAGACAUUAACGACGAGUCCUUUUUCGAUCUCACGACUACGAUGA